UACACACUUUAUUUCUGUAAACAGAUGCAACGUGAAUUGUUGCUGUUGUCUGAAUUUUAUCUUUUCAAAGGAAAAAUAACUUUAACUGGAAAAUUAAAACAAAACAAAGACUUAGUAAUUUAAGUAUUCCUGCAUCAUGGCACAUAUGUCCCACAUGCUGCAGCAGUCGUCUUCUGGGGGCGUCGGGUCGUCCAGCUCAUCAUCACGGACAAUGUCGCUAAUGGAAAAGCAGAAAUAUAUUGAAGAUUACGAUUUCCCUUACUGUGAUGAGAGUAGCAAGUACGAAAAGGUUGCUAAAAUAGGUCAGGGUACAUUUGGAGAGGUGUUUAAGGCACGUGAAAAAAAGAGCAACAAGAAAUUUGUAGCCAUGAAAAAAGUGUUGAUGGACAAUGAAAAGGAAGGGUUUCCCAUCACUGCCUUGCGAGAGAUUCGUAUUCUCCAGUUGCUGAAGCAUGAGAAUGUCGUCAAUCUGAUAGAGAUUUGUCGAACAAAGGCCACACUAACCAAUGGUUAUAGAUCAACUUUCUAUUUGGUAUUUGAUUUCUGUGAACACGAUCUGGCUGGCCUUUUGUCCAACAUGAAUGUGAAAUUUAGCCUGGGGGAAAUAAAGAAGGUUAUGCAGCAGCUUCUAAAUGGCCUUUAUUAUAUCCACAGUAAUAAGAUCCUGCAUCGUGACAUGAAAGCGGCCAAUGUGUUGAUAACCAAGCAUGGCAUUUUAAAAUUGGCCGAUUUUGGUUUGGCCCGUGCCUUUAGCAUACCCAAAAAUGAUUCAAAAAAUCGUUAUACGAAUCGUGUGGUCACCCUGUGGUAUCGUCCUCCAGAGCUAUUGUUGGGUGAUCGGAAUUAUGGCCCGCCCGUAGAUAUGUGGGGUGCCGGUUGCAUUAUGGCUGAGAUGUGGACCCGAUCGCCCAUUAUGCAAGGCAAUACAGAGCAACAGCAAUUAACUUUCAUCUCUCAGUUAUGCGGCUCCUUUACACCAGAUGUCUGGCCUGGUGUGGAGGAGUUGGAAUUGUAUAAAUCCAUUGAACUGCCAAAGAAUCAGAAGCGUCGCGUCAAGGAACGACUACGACCAUAUGUCAAGGAUCCUACAGGUUGCGAUUUGCUCGAUAAACUCUUAACCCUGGACCCCAAGAAGCGCAUUGAUGCGGAUACAGCACUGAAUCAUGACUUUUUCUGGACGGAUCCCAUGCCUAGUGAUUUGAGCAAGAUGUUGUCGCAGCAUUUGCAAAGCAUGUUCGAGUAUCUGGCACAGCCAAGACGGUCGAAUCAGAUGAGAAAUUAUCAUCAACAGUUGACCACAAUGAAUCAGAAACCCCAAGAUAAUAGCAUGAUCGAUAGAGUCUGGUAGUUAAGUUCCAUUAUAUAAAUAUUAUAUACAAACAUUUAUAGAAUUUAAUAAUAUAGUUUAAGCAGUAAAGUCUCCACAA